GUUAAACACAACCGAGGUUAUUUCUUCGACACGAAAUCGAUGUAACAUGUUUUCACUGACCUUAUGCAAGCCAUGUCUGAGUUACAUAGCGGUGUGAAUACAAACGCAUCAUGAUAUUCCUUAACCCAACUCUGGUCAAUGAACUGGAAGCUGGGAGCUACGUGAUAUUUUUUUUCUUUCAACAGAACGUGUCAUACUGCCAAUAGUGCGAGACAUUACCUCAUCAGUUACUUGCAAAUGUUUUUGCGCUUUGGCACGCAGUUAAUGCUCGCAGUUCGUUCACCAUUAUUUCAUCAAAAUGCCGAGUUCAGUACUGAAAUACCUGUCACUUCACCAACAUGGAACCAGAAAUCAGCUUCUAUCCCCUACUGAUUAGUUUGUUGCUUCUCAUAGGGCAAAUAACCGCCGCAGAUCGUCAUUCUUCACGAUUCAAAAGCAUCCAUUCGACGGACGAUGAGUGUAGUCAAUAUUUAUCACAAUACAGUGAACACUGCAGCACCCGUUGCCGAAGUGUGCUCCAACGGUUUUGGAACACCCAACGUGGACUCGGUAUCUCCAUCACACAAUUCUAUCAACCCGACCCGGAGGAUAAGUGCUACUUGAACCGAACCGUGCGAUGUCUCCGACGAGUGUCCUCGACAGAAACCUGCGAACGAGUGGACCAGUAUGUUCAGUGCUUCAAAGACCAGUACGGAAUGCAGGACACGAAAACUGCGCGGUUCAUUCCGUUCACGAGUAUUCAGCACGCUGGGAUCCUCAUGGAAUGCGCAGCGCUUCUAGGGAUAUCACAGGAUUCGUUGAAACAAGCCGCAGAAAAUGGCACAGAAUUACCUCAACGAGCAUGCCUGUUGAGGUGCUUCCUGAUCCGGCAAGGACUGUACAAUGACGAGGGUGGAUUCGAUUUGGAACGCCUCGAGAUGCAAUGCGGUGGCUACGGAAGCGGUUGGGAUCCUGUGGCAGUGGGGGAGUGUAUCGCAAAAGUGGAAGAUUGUGACAAGUGCGCGAAAGUGCAGCGAAUAGCUAGGGAUUGUCUCCAGGCUUUUUUCAAUGUGUUGCCGAAUCCGAAUAAAGGUACUAGCGAGGCUGUUCCGCUUUUAGUGGAUCUCUCCGUAGGGUUUUCCCUUUUUGGAAUAAAUUUUCAAACAGCCGCAAAUGGAUGUCUUCUUGGUAUUUUUUGCUUCUUUGCUUAAAAGUACAGUAAAUGUUGUCAGUUAGGCCCGAAUAAAAAUCAGUGCCGAGAUUGUGUGAGAGUGAAAUAAAUCAAAAAUAAAUAGAUAAUCAAUGUCACCUCUUCGGGAAAAU